GGAAAAGAAAACAAAAGCAAAGCAAAGAUGCUCCCUCUCCCACUAAAGUUGGUACGACAAGCCCUUACCCAUCACCCAUUCCUCCUCUCGCAAAAUACCCACCACCGACGCCGCCGCCGUCAUCACCAUCACCACCGCCAUGAUCUUGAAGAUGAAGAGGACGACGACGAUGGUGAUCAUGAAAAUGAUGCCUGCAAUUCCAAACCCAGCUUUUACAAUUUUCAUUGUCAUCCCUCGAAGCCGACGAAACCCAAAUCCGAAACCAAAACCCCGUUUCUUCUUUUUCUCCCUACGAGAGAACUCAUCAGCGAUACAUACAGUUUAGCCAACAUAGCUAGAGAAAUGGGAAUGGAUUUGCACCCUACUCCUUCCCUUUCUCACAUCAUUUUCUCUUUCUCUUCUUCCUCUCCCUCUCCGUCGUCGUCUUCUUCUUCUUCGUCUUACUCCGCUUCUUCCUCCGCCUUGUCUCUCUCUUCUUCCUUUUCCAUGCCUUUACCCACUGGUGCAGUUUUGAUUUCCUUCCCUUCACCCUCUUCCUCCUCCCUCUCCCAUCUUCGAUCCUUUGUUUCCCUCUCUAAAGGCCUUUUCAAGCUGGUCUUUGUCACUACUGAUGACUCAGAUUGUGAUGCGAUACUCGAUGAUGCCCGUAACUGGGAUUGCUGCUCCGUCUCUCUGUUUUCAAAGCGGACAGGCGAUAGGAUCGAUUCCAUGCAGUCAUUUUCAAGGGCUUUAGCUGGAAUGGGAUGGACCCUCUUCAGUACAAGGAAGAACCCAUCUCUGAAUUCUCUUAGCACUGCUUCCAAAUCGGUUUACUUGUUCAGGAAAGUGGAUUCGGGUGGUGUUCGUGGAGGGAGAGGCAACGGGGAACGGCGGAUAAGAGAGCUGAGAUUGCCUUCCUUGGAUUUCAGGAAUGCUCCUUUGAAGAUUUUGCAGUAUGUUGUUCUGAUGACUGAUGAUGUUUUUUAUCUUGGGUAAAAGAAA